AUUAGUAUGAAGAAUUCAUGGUUUAGAUUAGAAACGUGAGAUGCUUGGGCUUAUAGAAGUUGUUUUAUGCAUAUCUAGAUAUAUGGUUAAUUAGCUUGCGGGUGGCACACAUUGAAUGGUACAGAAAAUUUUCACUUUCAAUGUUCCAAUCAAGUUUGAUUUUUUUGCUCAAGUGUUGAAUAAGUGGUACUAUGAAUGCCAAGGCAUCAAUAUCAAGAUGAUAGAGAACUUCAACUGCAUUAUGUAUUAAUGGCACGUACCCUUCCUCUCCCCUACUAUAAAUAUUGCUCCUUGGUAGCUAGCUUUAUCAAAUUAAAAGUAAGAGAUAAAAGAGUAGUUUAUAGAUUUGUUUUGUUGAGAGAACAAAACAAACAUGGGAAAAUUGCAUAAGUAUGUAAGUGUGCUUGCUUUGUUAUUUGUAUUUGUAAUAGGAAUAGCAGAAUGUAGAAAAGUUAAAGAUGAUGAGUUAGUUGAUGGCAUUGGAGGAGGUGGAGGUCGGGGUGUUGGAUUUGGUGGUGGCGGUGGAGGCGGUGUGGGUGGUGGUGUUGGUGGAGGCUUUGGUAAAGGUGGUGGUGCCGGAGGAGGAGUUGGGGGCGGUGGCGGUGCUGGUGGAGGCUUUGGAGGUGGUAGAGGUGGUGGUGGAGGGUUUGGAGGUGGAAAAGGUGGUGGUGUAGGAGGAGGAGCUGGCGGUGGUGGUGGAUUUGGAGGUGGUACAGGUGGAGGAUUUGGAGGUGGCAAGGGUGGCGGUGCCGGAGGAGGUGGUGGUGCAGGUGGAGGUUUUGGAGGUGGAAAAGGUGGUGGUGGAGGAGCGGGUAGUGGUUCUGGUGGAGGAUUUGGAGGUGGCAGAGGCGGUGGUGCAGGUGGAGGUUUUGGAGGUGGAAAAGGUGGUGGUGGAGGAGCGGGUAGUGGUUCUGGUGGAGGAUUUGGAGGUGGCAGAGGCGGUGGUGCAGGUGGAGGUUUUGGAGGUGGUAGAGGUGGAGGAAGCGGAGGUGGUGCUGGUGGAGGCUUUGGAGGUGGAAAAGGUGGGGGUGUAGGAGGAGGAGUUGGUGGAGGCUUUGGAGGAGGUAAAGGUGGUGGUAGUGGUGGUGGCGGCGGUGGUGGAGGCGGUGGUGGUGGAGGCGGAGGCGGUCAUGGUGGUGGAUUUUGAAUUAAAAAAUUUCUUAAAAAUACAAUGUUGUAAUGUCAUGCAAAUGUUGAUUGUCACCUAUCUAUCCAUGCAUAAUUGUCCCAUGCAACAACGUAGUAUGAUUUAAAUAAACUUGAAAGUUUUGUGAUGCUUUUGUAUGGUUGUUAUGCAACACUUCUUAAUUUAAGAACAUAUUUCGUAUGAAA